AUCUGGCCUGGCCCACAGACUCAGGCAAGGAGGAGGAGAGAAGGAGGGGCAGCCGUUCUCCCUCAGGAAGGAUUCCUCUGGUGCUUUGCUUUGCGGCAGAGGAGGCAGGAGACCGUGGGGUGGGCUAGUCGCCGGGGCUGGGGAUGCCUGAGCAGAUGAGGAAACAGUUGGAAAGGUGGUUUAGCCCUUGGGUAGCCACCACCGAAGCUGUGGCUGUUCCUAGGAGACAGAGAAGCCAGCCAGCGGGGGAGGGGGAGCGAGCGGGUUUCUGCUUUUAGCAGCUGAAAAGGGCUGCAGCGAGCUCUGGGCGAGACAUUUUCUACCGCCGCCGCUUUAGUAGCUUCUGCGGUAGAAGCUGCCGCGAGUAAGUCGGAGGAAGGAGGACCGGGAGGGAGGAGGUCUCAGUUGCAGCCAUGCUGAAUCACUGUUGCUGAUCAGAAUCCGUCACGGGGCUGCUGGGAGAACCCAGAGAGCAGCGCCAGUUCCCGGGUGCAUGCACAGUUUGGUGGCUGCUAACCCCGCCCGGCCUCCCACAAUGGAGGGCGAAAGCGUCAAGCUGAGUCCUCAGUCCACAGCGCAGGCCCAGGAUGAGGAGCAGAGCCAGAGGACAGUCACUGUCAACCCUGCCCACAUGGGGAAGGCCUUCAAGGUCAUGAAUGAGCUGCGAAGGGGACAUGUCUGAGAGUAAAGCUAAGAAGAUUGAGAUCAAGGACGUGGACGGACAGACGCUUAGCAAGCUGAUCGACUACAUCUACACCGCAGAGAUCGAGGUGACUGAGGAGAACGUGCAGGUGCUGCUUCCUGCCGCCAGCUUGCUGCAGCUCAUGGACGUUCGGCAGAACUGCUGUGACUUUCUGCAGUCUCAGCUGCAUCCCACCAACUGCCUGGGCAUACGCGCAUUUGCAGAUGUGCACACUUGCACCGACCUCCUGCAGCAAGCUAACGCCUAUGCAGAGCAACACUUCCCGGAGGUGAUGUUGGGGGAAGAGUUUCUGAGCUUAAGUCUGGACCAGGUGUGCAGCUUGAUAUCCAGCGACAAGCUGACUGUCUCUUCAGAAGAGAAGGUGUUUGAAGCCGUGAUUUCCUGGAUCAAUUAUGAGAAGGAGACUCGCUUAGACCACAUGGCGGAGCUCAUGGAGCAUGUCCGGCUCCCUCUCUUACCUAGGGAUUAUCUGGUCCAGACAGUCGAGGAGGAGGCUCUGAUAAAGAAUAACAACGCCUGUAAGGACUUCCUCAUCGAGGCCAUGAAGUACCACCUACUGCCCCUUGACCAGAGGCUCUUGAUCAAGAACCCCAGGACCAAGCCCCGGACUCCUGUCAGCCUGCCCAAGGUCAUGAUUGUGGUUGGUGGCCAGGCGCCUAAGGCGAUCCGCAGUGUGGAGUGCUAUGAUUUUGAGGAGGGCCGCUGGGACCAGAUAGCCGAGCUUCCCUCCAGGAGAUGCAGAGCAGGCGUGGUGUUCAUGGCCGGCCACGUUUAUGCCGUGGGCGGGUUUAACGGCUCUCUGCGGGUGCGGACGGUGGAUGUGUACGAUGGCGUGAAGGACCAGUGGACAUCCAUCGCCAGCAUGCAGGAGCGCCGGAGCACGCUAGGGGCGGCCGUGCUCAAUGAUCUCCUCUAUGCGGUCGGAGGCUUUGACGGCAGUACCGGCUUGGCGUCAGUAGAAGCCUACAGCUACAAGACCAACGAGUGGUUCUUCGUGGCCCCAAUGAACACGCGGCGGAGCAGCGUGGGAGUGGGUGUUGUGGAAGGAAAGCUGUAUGCUGUCGGGGGUUAUGAUGGGGCUUCCAGGCAGUGCCUGAGCACUGUGGAGCAGUACAACCCAGCCACCAACGAGUGGAUAUACGUGGCAGACAUGAGCACCCGACGCAGUGGCGCUGGAGUUGGGGUCCUCAGCGGACAGCUGUACGCCACGGGGGGACACGACGGACCCUUGGUGAGGAAGAGCGUCGAGGUUUACGACCCUGGGACAAACACCUGGAAGCAGGUGGCAGACAUGAACAUGUGCCGGCGGAACGCAGGGGUCUGUGCAGUGAAUGGGCUCCUAUACGUGGUUGGAGGGGACGAUGGAUCCUGCAACCUGGCCUCAGUAGAGUACUACAACCCAGUCACCGACAAGUGGACGCUGUUGCCAAGCAACAUGAGCACUGGGAGGAGCUAUGCAGGUGUUGCUGUGAUUCACAAAUCCUUGUGACCCAGGUCCCCACUGCCAGGAGGUGGAGGAAGGAGAGGGCACUGCCUGACCCGAGCACCCAGCAGCGGGACCGUGACAACGGGAGAGAUUAACUAGGAGGCUUUGCAGUGGUUUGAGAGCCACCCCCUAGCAGACCAGCUUUGUCCCUCUCAGUGUGGGGAUUGAUGGUCCACCUUCUGCUCCGAGGUGCUUUGGUUUCUGCCCUGAACAGUUGGGUUCCUGACAGCCCCACAAAAACUCCUUGGGCAUACGUGUGUAUGCGUGUGCAUGUGCGUGUGUGUGUGUGUGUGUGUGUGUGUUUCUACAGGACAACAGAGAGAACCUUGAAGUGUGUGUGUGUGUGUG